AUGUGAGUUGACGACUCUCGUAAUAGCUUUACAAGAAACUUAAUAAAGGUCAUAUGAUUAUUACUAUAGUAGCAUAAUAUUUGUCAGAUUUUUUAUGGUAAAGAGAUAUAAGAUGUUUGUUAUAUCGUAAGCCAUUGAAACCAUGUCGACCCCUGAAUGCAAUGGAUGAAGGAACUUCGCAGCGGAAGUCAGCACCAGUCAUAGCACAGCCACCGACCUUGACAACCGCGCAAACAAAUCUGUCAGAUCGUAAAUAGCGAAAAGUCAAAACCGCAAGAUGUCCGACGAAACGGACGUGGAACCGCGAGACUCCUAUAUUGAUGUCCCGGUGAAACACCCAUUGCAACACUGCUGGACCUUGUGGUACCACCAGAACGACAAGAACGUCGCGUGGGAAAUGAGUCAGCGCGAAAUAGCCUCCUUUCAAACGGUAGAGGACUUCUGGAUGCUGUACAACCACAUCAAACCGGCCAGCGAGUUAAAACACGGCUCCGACUAUGCCGUUUUCCGGAAAGGCAUCAGACCCAUGUGGGAGGACCCUGCCAAUAGGAACGGAGGUCGUUGGUUAAUCAAUUUGGACAGGAAGCAGCGGUCGGGAGAGCUGGACCGGUACUGGUUGGACAUCAUGCUGUACCUCGUGGGCGAGGAGUUCGAGAUGUCGAAAGAGAUAUGCGGAGCUGUAGUUAAUAGCAGGUAUAGAGGGGAUAAGAUUGCCGUUUGGACAACGGACGCGAGCAAUAGCGAGGCGGUUUUGGGGAUCGGGAGGAAGUUGAGGGACAGGCUGCAUAUUCCUUUGAGGAACCUGCUGGGGUAUCAGGUUCACAGGGACGUGAUGGAUAGGUCAGGUUCUGGACUGAAGUACACUUACAUAAUGUAGUAGGUUAGGGAAGAAUUCUUCGAAUUGCCAUUGUGAUAAUAAAGAUUUUUAAGAAGCACCAACGUAAGGAAUUCCUUUGAAUUUGAAUUGAUUUUAGCGCAAAAUUUCAACAAAGAAAAGUAAUAUUUUUGCGUGAUAGUUUUUAACACAUAAAUUAUUGCAACUUAACACAACGACAUGCGGAAGCGUAGGAGGAGAUCACACAAGUUUAUCACUCUACGCAGACUUAUCUAUUUAAGAGGAUACCAGUUCUUUGUAAGAUAGGAUACAGGGCG